AUGGGUCCGUUUCAUAAGCAAGUAUUUCAUAAUUGGGCGACAAAGCAUUACACUGAAGUUACAAGCCUUUUGAAAGAAAGGGGGAUCGAUUUGGAUCAUAAUCGAUUUUCUAAUUUUGCAGAGAAAUUUGAUUCAAUAGAACAAGAUCUUAAACAAGCAGAAGGUGCUGUCACAAUUAGAGAUGAAGGUACCAAUCAAAUCAAAGACAUAAAACUAGUAAUUCAACAAUUGGACACUGAUUUGAAGGAUCGUUUGGGUAACCUUGGUGUCAUUGAUGAUAAAUACGAUGUCGCGAUUUCAACUGCCUGUCCUGCAUUGGACAACAUCGUAGUUGAUUCUAUUGAAGUUGGACAAACUUGUUGCGUCACUUUCUUUCUUUCGAAUGAACUGCCUACCAUGGACAUGCACCCGAUACAAACACCUGAAAAUGUUCUACUCGAUGGCGUAGUGACGUUAAGUGGUCAAAUUAUUGAUAAACCUGGAACUAUAAGCGGCGGAGGAAAUUGGAAAAAGACCGUAGCCACUUUGAAAUGCAUUAGAGAAUUAAAUGAAGAAAUUAGAUCUUUAGAACCACAAUUUCAAGAGAAAAAGAAUGAACUUUCUUAA